GUGCCAGUCUGUCCAGGCAAUCGCUUCUACAUCUCCGAUCCUCCGCCGCCGCGCUGCGAGCGCAGAGAGAGACGCGUCUGCCAAGUCCAGUCCUGGCCACUCCACUUGGUGACGUGCAGCGCGGAGCAGAGCCAGGCCACAGAGAGAGAAGCCCGCAGCCGCCACCAACACAACCGCUGUUCCUCCUGCUGUAAAAUGCAACAACAGUCUGUGCGGGAUAAAGACAGCAUUCACACUUAAGCGGCGUCGCAGCGAAACAAGGACAAACGCCGGGGGACAGGAGCAGCGAGCGGCCGGGUGUAGACGGCAACACUCAAAAGAUCUAAUUUGUCUGUGAUGAGCAUCCCCAUUCACCAGAGACCAAAGGUACGGCCUGCCCCCGUUGUUCCCUCUGAGACAAAGAGGAAGUGAUGUCACGCCACCACCACCGCUUUGAGAGGGACUAUCGGGGACCCUGGGAGCGGAGAGAUAUCCGUCCGUCUGGCCUCCACAAUGGAGGAGCCAAUCAUAGCUGUGCCUCUGCCGUUGUCAAUGGCAACAACCGUCCGGGACUCCUUCCCCUCCCAGUCAUUCCCUCCCUCCUUCCCACCCCAGUUACAGUUGCCGUGACAACAUCCAGCAGCGACAUAGCGGUCAAGCGAGGCAUCACGGCAGCAGGAUCAGUUGCUUCGGCGUCGGCCAAGGUCUCUGGUCUGUCACCUGGAGAUAGCCAGACCCCAGGACUGCUGCUGGCUCCGGGGGUGAGGUGGGGACAAACGCCCAUCAACCAGCUCACACCGUGGGAUACAGAUGAACCCCCUGCCAAGCAACAUCGAGACAGCGAGCCCACCGGUCCUGGGACCUGGGCUGCACCAGUAGCAGCUGUGAGCCAGCCGAGCCUCCUGCCCCACACCUACGCCCUCCCUCAGCCACCUUCCUUCAACCACAGUGUGACAGCGCAGUCACCCAUCAUAGGUGUAACCCCGUCCAUUCAGACUCCAGUGCUCCCACAUCACCCGCUUAUGACCGCCCACUUCCAGCUGACCACACAAACGACACAGCAGCCACCCUCCAUGGUGUUGAGCAUGCACAGCCAAACUCCGUAUCCCUCAGCUCAGCCCACUGUUGCACCAACCGCCCUCACUGCCCAGGCCAACCAGGUGCUUCACCCAAACCCUCACAGUGUAAUGGGCAAUGGCCACCUAACCUCUCACCCCGGCCUUAUCCAGCACCCCUCGCUGCCUCUGACCAAUGGACAGGCAGCCGCAGUAGUGCAGGCUCAACCCACAGCUGCAGACAAUCAGGAUGGUCCUAAUGGGCUGCAAAUGCUGCGGACAGUCGGGAUGGGGAAGUACAAGUUCACUGACCCUGGACAUCCAAAAGAGAUGUUGAAGGAGUUGAACCAACAGCGCAGAGAGAAAGAGUUUACAGACCUGAAAAUUAUUGUUGAAGGCAAAGAGUUUGAAGUCCACCAAAAUGUUCUAGCUUCCUGCAGCUUGUAUUUCAAGGACCUGGUGAAAAGGUCGUCGGGGGAGACGCGGAGCGGGGAGACGCUGGAGCUGAAAAUGAGCAACAUCAGUGCUGAAGUGCUGGAGCUGCUGCUGGAGUUCGUCUACACGGGAUCGCUGGUCAUUGACUCGGCCAAUGCCAAGACGCUGUUGGAGGCUGCCAACAAGUUCCAGUUCAACACCUUCUGUAAAGUCUGUGUGUCCUUCUUAGAGAAACAGCUGACUGCGGCGAAUUGUCUGGGAGUGCUGGCUAUGGCUGAAGCGAUGAGCUGCACGGAGCUCCACAACAUGGCCAAAGCUUUUGCCCUGCAGAACUUCCCUGAGGUGGCAGGACAGGAGGAGAUUCUGAGUGUCUCCAAGGAGGACCUGGUGUCUUAUCUGUCCAACGACAGUCUAAACACAAAGGCUGAGGAGCUGGUCUAUGAGACGGUCAUCAAAUGGAUCAAACAGGACCCAAACUCCAGAGUGCAGCAUGUGUCAGAGCUGUUGGCGGUGGUGCGUCUUCCCUUCAUCCACCCGUCCUACCUGCUGAACGUGGUGGACAACGAGGAGCUGAUCAAGUCGUCGGAGGCGUGUCGCGAUCUCGUCAACGAAGCCAAGCGCUACCAUAUGCUGCCUCACGCUCGGCAAGAGAUGCAGACGCCCAGGACCAGGCCGAGACUUUCUGCUGGUGUAGCAGAGGUGAUCGUUUUGGUGGGAGGACGUCAGGCGAUUGGGAUGAACCAGCGCUCCCUGACAGUGGUCACCUGUUUUAACCCCCAGAAUAGUAAAUGGUACCCGCUGGCCAGCCUGCCUUUCUACGACCGCGAGUUCUUCAGUGUCAUCUCCGCGGGAGACAACAUCUAUCUGUCUGGUGGUACAGAGUCAGGUGUGAUGGUGGCCGAUGUGUGGUGCUACAUGUCCCUGUUGGACAACUGGAACCUGGUGUCCCGCAUGACUGUGCCUCGCUGCAAACACAACAGCCUGGUGUACGACGGCAAACUUUACGCCAUCGGAGGACUGGGUGUGUCGGGGAACCUGGACCAUGUAGAGAGGUAGGAGUUGUGCCGACUUAACUAC